AUGGCUGCACCCCACCAGUACCACCAGCCAAAUGCGCCAGAUGAGGACUCGGACCUGGAACUCGACCUAGAGGAGCUGGACCCUCUGGCCACCCACUCGCAGUCCGCCUCUACACCACCGCGCCGGCAGUCCAGGGAGCAAACAAGGCCGUACCAUGAACUAGGCGCGAGGAUACCGCUGAGGAAUCUCAGGGUAGGCCGGUUGCGCGCGAGCAAGAAGAAGAAGGAAGAGCCGGAAGAGGAUGACCUGAGAGGGCUGUUGGACGACGAUGAAGGGUCCAAGAGAGACUCUGCUGGCAGUUAUGGCCAGUCUGGGGACGACGACUCGCCCCUGCUGUCUGCACAACACGCAGUACGGAGAAGACGGCAACCACCGCCGAGCAAACUAUCCCGCCUAGGCUCAGCCAUGCGCCUGCCCAGCUUCCUCUCACGACAGAACAAUGCGCCUAUACAGCUGGGCGAUGAUGAUGGAGAGUCAGAUGCCGAAGAAGAACAUGAUCCGACCACUCAGCGCACCAUCUCUGUCGGCCAGCUCCAAACCUCGAGAUUCCCUGCAAACGCCGUAUCCAACGCCAAAUAUACCCCGUGGAGUUUCCUACCCCGCACUCUGUACAAUGAGUUCUCCUUCUUCAUCAACAUGUACUUUCUGCUCGUCGCUCUAUCACAAAUCAUACCUGUCCUGCGAAUCGGCUACCUCUCGACCUACAUCUUUCCCUUGGCGUUUGUCAUAUCCAUCACGCUAGGGAAAGAAGCUAUGGACGAUAUUGCGCGAAGGCGGCGAGACGCAGAAGCGAAUUCCGAAGGUUACACAGUUUUGAAGUUCGAAGAGAACAGCCUCGGCAACGGCGUCGCGCCGGGCAAGAACUCGCAGAAGAAGAACCGUUUGAGGAAGCAGCCCAAGGACCGAGGUCGGUCAGCCGACAUUGAUGAAGAGGAGCAGCGACUUUCAGGCAAGGGUCUGGCCACGUGCACCUACUGGGAAGUUGUAAAACCCUCUCGGAGCCUCAAAGUUGGAGAUGUCGUAAAGCUUGGUAAGGACCAGCGAGUGCCUGCCGACAUGGUGCUUCUCAAGAGCUACUCCAGCGAAAAUGCACCACCCGCAGAGGACGAGUCCAAAGUGCAGAGUUCGUCGGCAGCGCUUAUUGACGAUCUGGAUUCUGAAGACACAGCCAAGGUCGAUAAUGCCACAGCUACCGGGUCUUCAGGCGAAGCCUUUAUCCGAACUGAUCAGUUGGACGGUGAAACCGAUUGGAAGCUACGCCUGACUUCACCGCUCACCCAGAACUUGGAUGUUGGCGAGUACACACGGCUCCGCGUCGUCGCUGGCAAACCGGACAAGAAGGUCAACGAAUUCUACGGAACCGUUGAACUGCCUCCCAAGACACGGCGCCAGUAUGACCCUCAUGAGAAUGAAGAAGUGGCCUCUCCUGAAGAGGUACAUUCAGCAUCCUUGAGCAUCGACAACACCAUUUGGGCAAACACCGUUGUUGCCUCAAGCUGCAGUCUGUUAGCUGUCGUUGUAUACACUGGUCCCCAAACCCGUCAAGCGCUCUCUACAUCGCCUUCCCGGUCCAAGACUGGUUUGUUAGAGCUGGAGAUCAACUCCCUGACAAAAUGGCUCUGUGUCUUUACACUGUCGCUCUCAUUCAUACUAGUCGCCCUUGCGCGCUUCCAAGUCAUCGAAGGCAGGCAGUGGUGGCAAUCUAUGCUUCGUUUCCUCAUUCUGUUCUCUACCAUCGUACCAGUAGGUCUGCGUGUAAACCUCGACAUGGGCAAGUCAGUCUAUGCGUGGUUCAUCCAGCAUGAUGAGAGCAUCAAAAACACCAUUGUUCGGACUAGCACGAUCCCAGAGGACCUGGGCCGUAUUGAGUACCUGUUGAGCGACAAGACGGGUACUCUGACACAGAAUGAGAUGAUCAUGAAAAAGAUACACGUCGGUACGGUCUCGUAUGCAAACGAAGCAAUGGACGAAGUAUCGUCAUAUGUUCACCAAUGCUUUACACCACCCACUGGAGAAGCUCCGUCACUCGUCACGCCAUCUUCUGCAAAUGCCGCCCCUCUGACCUCAGCUACUCGUACACGCCGAGAGAUUGGAUCUCGAGUUCGCGAUGUUGUGCUGGCUCUAGCACUUUGCCACAAUGUAACACCGACUACUGAGGAAGAAGAUGGGGAAACGGUAACCACGUACCAAGCCUCUUCCCCGGAUGAGAUUGCCAUCGUGAGAUGGACCGAGGCUGUUGGCUUGAAGCUACUGUCCCGCGAUCGCGAGUCUAUGACCCUACUAUCGUGCGACAGCGGCAAUACAGUGGUCAAGGUGCGCAUUUUGAACGUCUUUCCGUUUACUUCUGAAGGCAAGCGCAUGGGUAUUGUUGUAAAGUUCUAUCAUGGUCCGGCAUCAUCACCCACCGAUGAUGGUGGCGAGAUCUGGUUCUACCAAAAAGGUGCCGACACGGUCAUGACCUCCAUUGUUGCCGCCAACGAUUGGCUCGACGAGGAGACAGCAAACAUGGCACGCGAAGGUCUCCGAACACUAGUCGUCGGUCGCAAGAAACUCUCCGCGCAAAUCUACCAAGACUUUUCCACCAAGCAUGCCCAGGCAUCCCUUGCCCUCAACAACCGCGAUGCCGCCGUCGCCAGUGUAGUAAAGGAAUUCCUGGAGAACGACCUGGAACUUCUCGGCGUUACGGGUGUUGAAGACAAGCUUCAAAAAGACGUCAAGCCCUCUCUCGAACUCCUCCGUAACGCAGGCAUCAAGAUCUGGAUGUUGACUGGUGACAAAGUAGAAACCGCUCGUUGCGUAGCUGUCUCAUCAAAGCUCGUAGCCCGCGGCCAAUACGUCCACACAAUUGCCAAACUAAAACGCAAAGACCUCGCCUCCUCCUCGCUCGACUUCCUCCGCGGAAAACUAGAUGCAUGCCUCCUCAUUGAUGGAGAGUCUCUCGCACUGUUCCUCCAACACUUCCGCCAGGAAUUUAUCUCCGUAGCCGUCCAGCUGCCCACUGUCGUAGCCUGCCGCUGCUCUCCAACGCAGAAGGCAGACGUUGCCCGCCUGAUUCGCGAAUUCACCAAGAAACGCGUAUGCUGCAUCGGCGACGGUGGCAAUGACGUCUCCAUGAUUCAAGCCGCAGACGUCGGCGUGGGGAUCGUCGGAAAGGAAGGUCGUCAAGCCUCCCUUGCAGCCGACUUCUCCAUUGAGCAAUUCUGCUACCUCGUGAAACUACUGGUCUGGCACGGUCGCAACAGCUACAAGCGCUCUGCUAAGCUGAGUCAAUUCGUCAUCCACCGCGGUCUCAUCAUCAGUAUUUGCCAAACCGUCUUCUCUAUCUCAAGCAACUUUGAGCCCAAUGCUCUGUACAAGGACUUUUUGCUCGUCGGCUAUAGUACUAUCUACACCAUGUGGCCUGUCUUCUCGCUUGUGUUGGAUCGAGACGUUGAUGAGAGCGUUGCGAAUCUCUAUCCGGAACUCUACGCUGAGCUCAAAACGGGAAGGUCGCUAUCCUACAAAUCCUUCUUCAUCUGGGUCGCCGUAUCCAUCUACCAGGGCUCAAUUAUCCAGGGACUAUCACAACUUCUCAUUGGUGUUGGUCUUUCAACUACACCCCCGGCGGAACCCGACCCCACUUUCCUCAAAAUGGUCAGCGUCAGUUUCUCGGUGCUGAUUGUUAAUGAACUUAUCAUGGUGGCUAUGGAGGUCACGACUUGGCAUUGGAUCAUGAUUGCUAGUAUCGUGGGCACAGCCGUCAUUUACUUUGGCUCCAUACCAUUCUUGACAGGCUACUUUGACCUUGCGUUUGUGGGUAGCGUGGCGUUUUGGUGGAAGUUUGCGGUUAUCGCGGCGAUCAGUCUUGUGCCGCCUUAUGCGGUCAAGUUGUUGGGGAGGACGCUGAAGCCGCCGAGUUAUCGUAAAGUGCAAGGUGUAUAG